AUGGGGCUGCCAUCGUCGCAAACGCCGACUGCGUCUUAUCAUACGGCCCCGCAGAAGACCGCAACAUUCUCGGAAUCACAAACGGGGACAGCGUACACCAGUCCAACCAAGUCGGAGUUUUCGGAAGUCGAUGACGGGCUGGAUGCUGUGAGGUCUUGGGACGAGAAACAAGUCAUUGGGUGGCUCCAUAGUAUCAACUGUCAGCAAUAUGAGCCGUUAUUCAAAGCAAAUAACUUUAACGGCAAUAAUCUCAUCGAAUGCGACCAGAAGAUCCUACAGGAAAUGGGUAUUAAGAAGAUCGGUGACCGGGUACGGAUUUUUGUGGCUAUAAAGCAGCUCCGCAACAAGUCGGUGGUCAACCGAAAGCAAAAGAAUCUGAGACAAUUAGCAGCUCUGGAAGCGGCUCAUCAACAAGCUUCGUCUGAAUCUUCCCGCUCUUACAACCCGCGUCAGCAAACAUCUAGUGCUGGACGUUCAUCCAGGGCGGGCGAUUAUAGCUAUGGCAGGCCUACCUCACGACCAGGAUCUCCGUUACGGCCACAUCGUUAUGUUGCCAGCCCUAUGGAUUCCGGGCGGAAAGACUAUUUCUCCAGUGGCUCAGGUUCUGGACGCAACCCUAGCACUCCAGCUGAGCGAACUGCAAUGCAUCUGAGACAAAAUCCUAGCCUUGACGGGAUGACAAUGGGCUCUUUGCUGAGCAAUUCUCCUGUGAUCAGAGUGAUUUACACCGGUGGUCAAACGAAAGUCCUGGACAUCAAGCAUUGCAAAACUCCGGACGAGAUUAUCCUCUGUGUUCUGAAGAAAUUGCAACUUCCUGAGCAUCAGUACCGCAAUUAUUGUUUCUAUGUGCUUGACGGUCUGGACGCCGAUCCAUCAAAUUGUCGGAGACUCUCUGACCACGAGCUGAUGGAGAUAUGCGAAGGUUUUCACAGGUCGGAGCGAGGCCGGCUUAUUCUCCGUAAGAUCCAUGCUGGCGAACCGGAUGCUGAGGAGGUUCACCGUGCAUCCCAGCUCGCGCUGGACGAAAGCCAGGUGGCACAUAUGAAUGCCCUCAGCAGCUCAAACAUGCGGAACCAAAUGAAAAUCCAGCAGUUGACGGGCGAAUCAUGGCAUAACAUCAGGCAACCAAUGUCACCAGUAUCUUCGCGUCAUAACACGACUCCAAGUGACCACGACAUUCGGCCUCCUCAAGUCAACGAACGUGUUUCCAAGCUGCGAUCAUUCUUCGGUGCUCGACCACCUAGCGAGAUGAUUAUUCAUGAAAUCUCAUCUUACUUCCCUGGCCACCAGAGAGAGGAUAUUGAGAAGACCAUGCGCAUGUCUGUCCGCAGAUCUCAACGGCUGAGCAGAGCGGCCAGUCGGCUAAGCGUCGUCAGCAAUACCAGUUAUGCUUCCAGCUUGCGGGAUGCACCGCCUAUCCCUAGCAUCGCCGACACUUGGCUCAAUAACGGCGCCCCACCCACUCGAGCCGCACGGCCACUCUCUGUUGUUUCGACACGACCUGGUCUUCCUUCAACAUCGUAUAGGGAUUCGAUCGCUUCCAGUUCCCUCCACCCCCUCCAGGAGGAGUCGCCCAUUGAGCCGAACCGCAAGUCAUACGUGUCUUUCGAUAGCGGGUCCGAUGACCCCAACAAUUCGCGUCACAGCCUUCUGGAUGAAAAUGCAAGUGUUGCCGCAACAGAUGGUGGCUCUUUCAAUGAACGUCUAAGCGUUCUUGUGGCUGAAGACGGGGAGGAAGAUGACGAUGGGCUGGCUGAAUUCUUAGCCGGUAACAAUUUCGUCAACUGGAUGAAGGGAUCAUUGAUCGGCGAGGGUUCUUUUGGCAGCGUGUUCCUGGCACUACACUCGAUAACCGGCGAACUUAUGGCUGUCAAGCAGGUUGAAAUCCCGUCGGCAACGAAGGGUACCGAAUUCGACAAGCGUAAAAACAGCAUGGUCGAUGCGCUCAAGCACGAGAUUGACCUACUACAAGGUCUUCAUCAUCCAAACAUUGUUCAAUAUCUGGGAACUACUGCCGACGAUCAGUAUCUGAACAUUUUCCUAGAGUAUGUUCCAGGAGGUUCUAUUGCCACAAUGCUAAAGCAGUACAACACGUUCCAAGAGCCUUUGAUUAAGAACUUUGUGCGCCAAAUACUCGCGGGUCUGUCCUACCUGCACAGCAAGGAUAUCAUUCACCGUGACAUCAAGGGCGCAAAUGUUCUCGUUGACAAUAAAGGUGGCAUCAAAAUUUCCGAUUUCGGUAUCUCCAAACGAGUAGAAGCGUCUACUGUGCUCGGAUCUCGAGCAAGCAAUGGUGGGGGCCAUAUUCAUCGACCUUCGCUACAAGGCAGCGUUUAUUGGAUGGCGCCAGAGGUAGUCCGCCAGACGGCCCAUACAAAAAAAGCUGAUAUCUGGAGUUUGGGUUGUCUCGUUAUUGAGAUGUUCAUUGGGUCGCACCCUUUCCCAGACUGUAGCCAGCUUCAGGCUAUCUUUGCCAUUGGGAGCAACAAGGCUCGGCCUCCAGCCCCAGAACACGCCAGCAAGGAUGCCGUUGCUUUCUUGGACAUGACUUUCCAGCUCGACCACGAGAAGCGACCCAACGCAGAUGAGUUACUCAAGUCGCCCUUCCUUGCUACGUCACUGAGCUGA